AAACUGAGAGGGGGGAGAAGCCAUUGUUAAAGUUCUUAAUUGCAUGCCGGCUUCCUCUGCCACGAUGUGUGAAAAUGUCUUCUGUGAAGAAGUGUGUUAUCCUCAGCCGACCUUACAAAUGUAAUGUUGCCCUUGUGGGUGGCCAAGAGGAUGGAGGCCACGACGGCUGCUCCCCAGGCUUUCAGGUCAAACGCUACCAGCUGCUGUUCAGCGGAUCCUUCCAGAAAGGCCAGGCUCUUGUACAAGUCGAGUUUGAUGACUGUGCGGGGAACGAAGACGUGCAGUUUGAGGUGUCGGACCCCAGCUUCUUUGUGGAUGGAGAUUUGAAUCUGGUGGCCCAGCAAGAUGUCCUUCAAAGCCAGCCAGUCCUGUUCAUCCACGGGCUCAGUGCACACGCAGAGGACACGGCACAGGUGGAAGUCACUGGACUUCCUGCUCAGUCGCCGCACACUCUCCGGGAUUUCCUGGGUGGGGGCCAGACGCUGCCUUUCAGAUCAAAGAGAUCCCUGCUGAUCCCUCCGGUGAUCGUGACUGAGAACCAGAGAGCUCCUUUUCCCAGGAAAAUUGGCAAGAGCCAUGUGAUUUCAAAAGAGAAGUUGGGGAACCAUAUCUUCCGUCUGACAGGCCCCGGUGCUGACCAGCAUCCCAAAGGUCUCUUCACCAUUGACAUAGACACAGGAGAAGUGUCUGUCAGCCGCUCACUGGACCGGGAAGCCAUUGACUCCUACCAGCUGGAAGUUUCUACCACUGACUUCGCUGGAAACCUUAUUGAGGGACCGGCCCUACUUGUCAUAACUGUCAUCGACCAAAAUGACAACCGGCCCAUCUUCAAAGAGUUGAGCUACACCGGAGAGGUGCUCGAGGGAUCCCCAACAGGUACCACGGUGAUGAGGAUGACAGCGCUCGACGCAGACGACCCCGGCACAGACAACGCCGUGCUGCGCUACAACAUCGUCAGGCAGUCUCCGGACAAGCCGUCCCCCAACAUGUUCUACAUCGACGCGGAAAGGGGCGACAUUGUGACCAUCAUCUCCAACAAGUUACUUGACAGAGAGACACUACCGACCACGACAUACGAGUUAGAGAUUGUGGCCAAGGACAUGGCGGGGAGCGAGGUGGGCCUGACAGGAACAGCCACAGCGACCAUUAUCAUCACGGACAAGAACGACCAUGCCCCCGAGUUCACGCAUACGCUGUUUGAGGCGCACGUGUUCGAGGGCUCUACCGGAGUGGUGGUUAACCUGACGGUGGACGACAGGGACGACCCGGACACGGGGGCGUGGAGAGCGAUCUACUCUAUAAUUAAAGGAGAUCCCACGCUGAGCUUUAAGAUCCAAACCAACCCGGACAAUAACGAGGGAAUGCUGUCCGUUUCCAAGCCUUUGGACUACGAGGCCAAAGCGCCCCACACGCUACUCAUCAAAGUGGAGAACGAGGACCCUCUGGUUCCUGAUGUCGGGUACGGCCCCAGCUCCACAGCCACUGUCCACAUCAGAGUCCUGGACAUCAACGAGGGCCCCGUCUUCUUCCCAGACCCCCUGGUAGUCAGCAGGAUGGAAAACAUUCCUUUAGGCAGCUUCGUGGCCUCACUCAACGCCACAGAUCCAGAUAUUUUACAGGUCCAGAGCAUCAGGUAUGCUGUUCUGCGAGACCCGGCUGGCUGGCUGAGUGUGAGCCCAGUCACAGGAGCCGUCAACACCUCGGCCCCUCUGGACCGCGAGUCUCCUUAUGUCCACGACAACAAAUACACGGCCGUCUUCAUCGCCACAGAUAACGGCAGCCCUCCAGCAACAGGCACCGGCACAUUGGUCAUUCACCUGGAAGACUACAAUGACAAUGCCCCCUAUGUGGUGCCAUCGAUAGCGCGGGUGUGUGAAGACGCCCAUGAUAUGAACGUGGCGAUAGUCGGGGGGCGGGACAAAGACCUCCCGCCCAACGCAGCGCCCUUUAAAAUAGAACUUGGAAAACAGCUCGGCCUCGAUAAAACAUGGAAGGUCACCAGGGUCAACUCCACGCACUCCCAAGUCAUGCUCCUGCACCCCCUGAAGAUGGCCAACUACCAGCUGCCGUUGCUCAUCACCGACUCAGGGGUGCCCCCUUUGUCCAACAACACCGAGAUCAAAGUCCAAGUGUGCGUCUGUAAGAAGAACAAGAUGCACUGCAGCUCUGGCCCCUCCCACCGCGCCGGCCUUCUAGUGCUGCUCGCAACCCCCCUGCUCGCCCUGCUCUGCCUGUAGAUUCUGCUGAAACCUCCCGUAGUCCUUUUUGCAACACUGAAAAGCAACGACUUAUCUCCCCCCCCCCCCCGCCACGCAACCCAGGCUUAGGAGAGGAGGAGGAGGAGGAGGAGAAGAAGAAGACGACGAAAAAGAUGAUGAAGAAGCGGGAAGAAAAGUUUUCACUGAAAAAAAAAAAAGAAAA